CUGGUGCUAUCGGUGCCGCGGUCAGAGGCUCCGAGGCUCCGAGGGAAAAGAAAUAAGGAGUACUGUGCAGGUGCAAGUCAUUCCUGUUUGGUCGCUCUCACAAUGGCGCAGCUGCUCAAUUUCCAGGGCCGAGUUGCCGUGGUCACAGGAGCCGGGGCUGGACUCGGUCGUGCAUACGCCCUUCUGCUUGCGGAGAGAGGAGCAAAAGUGGUCGUCAAUGAUCUUGGUGGAGCCAGGGAUGGAGGCGGCAAAAGCAGCCAGGCCGCUGACAAAGUUGUGCAAGAAAUCAGAUCCAAGAAUGGUACUGCAGUUGCAGACUACAACUCCGUAGAGGAUGGCCACAAAAUUGUCGAGACUGCCGUCUCUGCCUUUGGAAGAAUCGACAUUUUGAUCAACAAUGCAGGUAUUUUGCGGGACAAGAGUUUCGCCCGCAUUUCCGAUCAGGACUGGGAUCUGGUGCACGCUGUCCAUUUGCGAGGCGCGUUCAAAACGACCCAGGCUGCGUGGCCGCACUUCAAGAAGCAGGGCUACGGACGCAUCGUGAUGACCGCCUCAAACUCUGGCCUCCUCGGCAACUUUGGCCAAGCUAACUACAGCGCAGCUAAAAUGGGGCUCGUCGGGCUGAGCAACACACUGGCCAUCGAAGGCGCCAAGGGCAACAUCCACUGCAACGUCAUCGUUCCCACUGCUGCCUCCAGACUCACUGAGGACAUUUUGCCGCCUGAGUUUUUCGCUGAACUGAAGCCAGAGCUGAUCGCGCCGGUUGUGGCCUGGCUGUGCCACGAAGACAACACCGACAAUGGCGCUAUAAUCGAGAGUGCUGCUGGUUGGGCUGGAAAGAGCUACAUCGUCACCUCACAGGGAUCUGUGUUGCGCAAGAGGAUCGGUGAUGCUGUUUCCAUUGAGGAUGUGCGUGACCGGUGGACAGACGUGACUGACAUGUCCACUGCCAAGUACAGGGAGAGCAUUCAGGAAGCUUCUGGAGAGCUGCUGAACGUCCUGGAAGCUGUGAGGGAUGGACCUAAAGAGGAUGAGAUCAGCAAAACGUUCCAAAUCACCGAUAAAGAUGUCAUUCUCUACGCCUUAGCUGUUGGAACUCCCAUUUCGGAUCUUCACCUGCUGUAUGAAAGCCAUGAAAAUUUCUGUGCCCUGCCUGCCUUUUGGAUUAACACCGGUCUGGUGGCCUUGAUGGAGAGCGACAUAAUUUUGAAAGCUAUACCUGGAGAAGAUAUCAGCCUUGCAAAUUUGCUCCAUGGAGAACAAUACCUAGAAAUAUUCGAGCAACCGGCCACAAAUGGACCUUUAGAGGUGAGGUGCAAGGUUGCUGACGUUCUUGACAAAGGAUCUGGGGCUGUUGUGAUUGUGGACGUUGAAUCCUAUGACCAGAAUGGCACCAAAGUCGCUUUUAGCCAGAUCACCUCCUUCUUUGUCGGGGCUGGCAAUUUCGGCGGCCGCCGCACCUCUCCGCGCGCCAUCAACGCGGUGGAAGUGCCCAAGAGGAAGCCGGACGCGACCAUCAGACAAAUGACCAACCCGCAGCAGGCCGCCGUGUAUAGAUUGACUGGAGACCUGAACCCCCUGCACAUCGACCCCGAUUUCGCGGCCAUCGGAGGCUUUGCGAAACCCCCUCUGCACGGACUCUGCUCUCUCGGCUUUGCGGUCAGGCAUGUUUUGAGGCAGUACGCAAACAGUGACCCUCGCCUCUUCAAGGCUCUGAAGGUGAGGUUCACCAAGCCAGUUUUCCCUGGUGAGACUCUGCAGACAGACAUGUGGCAAGAGGGAUCUAGGAUUCAUUUCCAGACCAAGUGUGUCGAGAGCAACAACGUCGUGAUUGGAAGCGCGUAUGUUGACAUGGUGGACAACAUGAGAAUCAGACAAACCUCAGCCUCAGGCCUGGGCAGCGCUGCCAUUUUCGACCAGAUCAAACAGCGAGUGGAUGCCGACCCUGCCACUGCCAAGAAGGUCAACGCUGUCUUCCUGUACAUCAUCACCAAGGGUGGCAAGGAGGCCGGAAAAUGGACUCUGGACCUGAAGCAGGGCAAGGUGAUUGCUGGCGAGGGUCAAGGAAAGGCUGACUGCAUCAUCACAAUGGAGGACAGCGACAUGGUGGAGAUGGCUCAGGGCAAACUCAACCCCCAGGCUGCGUUCAUGAAGGGAAAACUCAAAGUCAAGGGCAACGUCAUGCUCACGCAAAAGCUCAAAGGCCUCUUGACUCUGGAAUCAAAGCUGUAAGCUACCCUUGUUGCUGACAUCCAGGUUAAAAAAUGCCAGUUCCAUUUCGACUCGGCACUUUUGCCUGCCUAGAACUGUUAUUGUUAUUUUAUAUUGAUUCGCAUUUUGUUAAUUUUGUGAUCAUUCCUAAGGAUUUUAUUUUUGUACCAUCGAAUAAAAAAUUGGGUACUUUUUAA